CCCGGCCGCCGUAGCCGCGCCCCUUGUGUCACAUGACCGGAAACUAUGGAGGCCACCAAGAUGGCGUCUCCCAAGAGCGCCCCUAAAGACGCGCAGGUGAUGGCGCAGAUCCUCAAGGACAUGGGCAUCACCGAGUACGAGCCGCGCGUCAUCAACCAGAUGCUGGAGUUCGCCUACAGGUACGUCACCACCAUCCUGGAGGACGCCAAGAUCUACUCGAGCCACGCCAAGAAGUCGAGCGUGGACGCGGACGACGUGCGCCUGGCGAUCCAGUGCCGCACCGACCAGUCCUUCACAUCGCCCCCGCCCCGCGACUUCCUGCUGGACAUUGCCCGCCAGAAGAACCAGACGCCGCUGCCGCUGAUCAAGCCGUACUCGGGCCCGCGGCUGCCCCCCGACAGGUACUGCCUGACUGCCCCCAACUACCGCCUGAAAUCCCUGCAGAAGAAGGUCUCCUCCACAGCAGGCAGGAUCACAGUCCCUCGCCUGAGCGUGGGCGCCGUGAGCAGCAGGCCCAGCACUCCCACUUUGGGCACCCCCUCAGCCCAGACCGUGUCGGUGUCAGCCAAGGUAGGAGCGCCGGUGUCGCUGGCGGGGCAGCGCUUCACCGUCCAGAUCCCAUCCUCACAGCCUGCUGGCAAGUCAGCCACUCCCACCACUCCCACGGUGCAGAACGUGCUGAUCAACCCGUCCCUGAUCGGCCCCAAGAACAUCCUGAUCACCACCAACAUGGUCCCGCCCGGCGCCGCCGACCCCAGCCCGCUCAAGAGGAAGCACGAGGACGACGACGACUACGACGCCUUGUGAGGGCACGCAGCCCUUCCCGAGGGCUUCAGGGAGCCCUUCCCGAGGGCUUCAGGGAGCCCUUCCCGAGGGCUUCAGGGAGCCCUUCCCGAGGGCUUCAGGGAGCCCUUCCCGAGGGAUUCAGGGAGCCCUUCUGUGCGAUUCAGGGAGCCUUUCCUGUGGGAUUCAGGGAGCCUUUCCUGUGGGAUUCAGGGAGCCCUUCCCAUGGCAUUCAUGGAACCGUUCCCGUGAGAUUCAUGGGAGCCCUUCCCGUGGGAUUCACACGGAUUCCAGAGGGUGGGAAUGGGCAGGAAGGCCCCAUUUGGGCCUUGGGAGUGUGGAAAUAAAGUGCAGAGUGUUUGUAACCCGG